AUGCGGCAACUCACGGAGGAGGAGGUCAAACUCGUCUUCGAAAAACUUUCCAAGUUUGUCGGGACGAAUCUGAUGCAGAUCGUGGAUAAUCAAGAAGACCCUCAUGUCUUCCGACUUCACCAUGACCGCGUCUUCUACAUGAGCGAGAAAGUACUGAAGAUGGCGGGCUGCAUUCCACGGAAGAGUCUGCUUCUGGCCGGAGUGUGCAUCGGGAAAUUCACUAAGAGCCGGAAGUUCCGCCUGCAGGUGACCGCCCUGGAUCUGAUUGCGCGAUACGCCAAGUACCGGAUCUGGCUCAAGCCUGGCGGCGAGCAGUCGUACGUCUACGGCAACCACGUCAUUAAGCGCCACAUCGGGCGAAUCACGGCGGAUAUGCCACAAAAUGCCGGGGUGUGUAUUUGCUCUCUGAACAACGACCUGCCUCUCGGAUUUGGCGUGGCAGCGAAAGCGACACAAGACAUUCAUGCAGCAGACACAGAGGCCAUCGCCGUCUACCAUGUUGCAGAUAUAGGGGAGUAUCUUCGGGAAGAGGCUGACCUCGUGUAACGGGGAAUCCCCCAGAGUGCGAAACGCAUUGGCUCUAUUGAGAAAAGA